AUGGGAAAUAGAUUUGGGAGAAAUAAAGCAGCAGCAGAACAAGCCGCCAUUGAUCCAAUUUAUAAUUAUAAAGAUCCAUAUGGUGGACAGUUUUACGAUCCUAAUACAUAUCCUGGUUAUACUUCAGAACCUCCCGGUUAUUCGUCUCCGUAUCUACCGCCCCCAUCUGAUCCAAGUGGAUUAGGCGUCUAUGCUCCGGAACUACCAUAUGGAUACGAUUCAUAUGGAAUUGAUCAAUAUGGUUUCAAUAGUUAUGAAGCUGGUACAUAUUCGUCGUUUGUUUCUCCAACAUCUUCAAUAGUCAAUUAUGGGGAGCUUACGAUUGGUACAGGGGGAAGAAAUUGGUUCGACCAAAGGUAUCCACAAGGUUUUAAUCAAAUGCAACUAAAUUCACUUUGGAAUUAUGGAAAUCAUUAUUUGGGCAAUACUACAAUGCAAAUGAUACCAUUUAUGCUAGGAAAAGUUGGCAGAUUUCUACAAUGUAAUGAAAAUGUAGGUGGUAUGGGAAUGAAUCCAUCUGGUUUUAGUUCAGCGAUGGGUUUCGGACACUUGAUGGGGGGAAACAUGGCAUUUUCGGGAGCAUGCAAUUGUCCGGGACUCAGUACACCGUUUAUAAUGGCAGCCACUCCAUUGCCAGUAGCAUACAAUCCUAUAAUUCAAGGUAUUUACCCAAUGUCAACUAUGAGUGCUGUUCAAAUGUGGAAUCCCAUGCAAUUCAUUUCGACGUUGUUCACAGGACCGAUGCCAUAUCGUCCUCCAACUUUGGAUUUUCCAAGUAAUGUAGGAAUGGUCAUGACGAUACCAUAUGGCACAUCAAAUCCGCUUUUAUCUCCCAACGGUUACAAUUCCAUACCUUCGUCAUUUCCUAAUUCGUGUGUUUGCUGUAAUUGUUCCAAUGCACCGCCAGUCAGUUAUUCUAAUCCCGUGAUGAUUCCGCAACCAUAUCCAGUUCCUUACGUCCAACCAGUUGAAAUCGCUCAUAUAAAUCCUAUACCGGCUUCAUAUCCGAUAAUGAGUAAUAAUCUACCUGACAUGUUGGGCCAGAGUGAGUAUCCGAUGUCCACAACCAUCACACCAAUUGCUCAACCACUCCCUCCAUCUCCUUACAAUAAUGUUUCUGCUCCAUCAGUUACACCAUUAAUGCGUACAGGUGUGUCAGGUGUUUAUUCAGGUUAUGAUGAGCCACUAGUAUCGUCCGCCGCGUCUCUACAACAACAAGAGAGUCCAGUAGGACAAGUGAAAACAGACGCAUGCCGCUCUGGAACCUGUGAUGUUCAGAGUAGGCAAAAAGCACAACAAUCAUCAUCGAAACUGUCGCAUUUAAAUACUACUACAUUAUCUGAUCGAAACAGAAAGAAUGGAAUAUUUCACAAACUCAAAAAUCAGUUUAGUUCACGUUUAUUUAAAACAAAAAAUCAAAAUAUUUAUAGUCCUUUAGAUCAAAAUUAUCCACAAUAUGCUGCAUCAAUGUCUGGUAUAACGAAUAACAAUUAUUACGAAUCCAUAUUACCAUUGCCGUACAACGGCUUAUUAAUAUCAGAUUCAGGGUGGAUGCCAAAUGUGUCAACAAAAGAAAAAGCAAUAGACUUUUUUCGGUUUCCGGAAAAGUAUAAACGCAGUAAACUAUUUCGACAACGAGAGCAGUCGACUACUAUCAGCAACGAAUAUGACUGCGAGAUAUGUAAAAAGCUCAAUCAACAGCAUUUACGAAAAUAUUCAAAUUCAUCUAAAUUAUUGUCUUUAUCAUCUCGAGAAAGUCGACAAUAUUCUCCUUCUGACUCAGCACUAACCGCUCCUUCGUCACCUUAUCCGAUCAAAUCAGGUACGCCUCGUCUAAAAAAACGUCGUUCCCAUCGUCGAACGAAAAAACCGCAAAAUUAUCUUCAAGAUUCUUUGUUAAAUAACAACAGUCAUUACAAUGAUCAAAAAUAUAAAGAAAAAAUAGAUUCUCAUUCGAAUUCAAAACAAUCGUCACGAAAAUCUCCAAAGCGAUCCGAAACGACACUCGAAAAUAAUCAUAACACAGAUACUGAGAGUUCAGCAUCUAGUAGUAUCACGGCCGCAAAAUAA